AUGAGUGAGAAAUGCAGCAUGUAUUGCAUUGGUGUGGGGGGGAACUAUGGGAGGGUCUGUUUGCAUUGCAUUGGUGUCCUCAACAUAGUUAAGCUUGUCAGAGAGCUGGUUAGGAGCUGGUCCAGCCAACUGUGGGGUAGCCUCAACAUCUGGAGAAGAGAGAAAGAUAAGCAGGAAGUGAAUAUUCCUCUCAAACUUGUAGUAAUUGACACACAAGUGGUCAGGCUGUCCGCAUGGACAGUGCAAUAUGCCUUGCGGGGACCUUUCUAUGUGAACUGUGAAAGAAAGAUCAUUGACCUGUAUUGCAACAAGAAUGGAUGUCUUGAGUGCGAGAAAGUCCAGGCAAACACUAUCACCCCUGUGUUACCUCCUUCAUGGCAUCAUCUCAUAGGCAAAAGACCUGUCGUUACAUGCACUAACAUCAUUGGGUUUUUGCCAAUUCCUGACGUAUAUUCUGAAUCUCUUGCAGACAAACCUAUCAGUGGCAAUGAUGCACCUCUCUUGGCUUUGAUUUUGGCUGUUCCAAUCAAAAACAGCAUGGUUGGAAUUCUUGCUGAGGCACUCAUGGCUCUCCAGUCUCAACCAACAACGUUCCCUGGUAAACCUCGCUCCAGACAUAAAAUCUCUGAACCCUCUAUUGAAUAUUUCAAUGAUGAUCAGCAUCGAGAGAAUAAGGUGAAUGUGCAAGACUUAUUUAAAGAGACAUUCCAUUUUGUGAAAGAUGACGAGUACAUGCUUUACAAGGGAGCAGCGCGCGAAGCCAUCUUGCUUUUCGUUGGCAGCAUGGGUCCCGGUGUGUGUGAGGAAUGA